AUGACGAAUCAAGCUGAACAACAAACGGCCGUGGCUGCGCUUCGCGCCCAAUUGGCUGACCCCGAGAAAAUCAUUGUGUGUCCAGGUGUAUAUGAUGGAUUUACAGCUCGUAUGGCACUUAAAGCUGGCUUUGACUGCUUAUAUAUGACUGGAGCCGGCACAACUAUAUCAAGGCUGGGAAUGCCAGAUCUUGGUAUUGCCACUCUAAAUGAUAUGAGAGAUACAGCUUCUAUGAUUGCUUCCUUGGACCAAAGCGUGCCUCUCAUCGCAGAUGCGGAUACUGGCUACGGUGGCCCUGUAAUGGUUGGACGCACUGUUGCGCAGUACAUGCAAGCCGGAGUGGCCGCGCUGCAUCUGGAAGACCAAGUUCAGUCCAAGCGCUGCGGCCAUCUCUUGAAUAAGCAAAUUGUUUCAGAAGACGAAUUUUUGUCUCGAAUCCGAGCUGCAGUUCUGGUGAGAAAACAGCGUGUGGGUGACAUUCUUAUCAUAGCUCGCACAGACGCUUUACAGUCUGAGGGGUACGAAGUAGCAAGAGAUCGGCUCAAGGCUGCCAUUGCUGCUGGAGCGGAUAUUGCUUUUCUUGAGGGUAUAAAAUCUAAAGAGCAAGCAAAACAGAUUUGUUUGGACCUAGCGCCUACUCCUGUCAUGUAUAAUAACGUGCCUGGAGGAGUGUCCCCCGACUUAUCUGUCCAAGAAGCUAAACAGCUUGGCUUUAAGCUGAUUAUAUAUCCUGGAUUGUGCCUUGAGCCUGUUUAUGAGGCCGUGACGAAGGCUAUGCAAACGCUGAAAGAGGUUGGAGCACCUCCAAGAUCUGACUUCAAUAGCAGUGGUUCUCCCAAAGCUCUAUUUGAAGUGGUGGGAUUACACGAAUGUAUUAGGCUUGACAAGGCAGCAGGAGGUGCAUCAUACAACGGUGGAGUGUAA